AGUUUUGGUUUAGCCUAACACUGUGUUGUUGGCGCUAGCGCAGUGACGGCUAGUUCUAAAGAUAUGAAGCUUUUAAUCAGUUUUAUAAUACAGUGUUAUCUCUAGCGAUUCUUUGUUCUAACCAUGUAAAACAAAGACUGUAACUGGGAAUGACUGUCUUUCUUUUUAGUUCGCGUUUUAUUGAAUAGCUGGUUCCCAAAGUAGUCUGAUCGUUGCCCGCAGAGCUGCUUAUAUCAGUAGUUUCUUUUACCAUGGACGCGGAUUUGCUUCUUGCCAUAAAGCUUCAGGAACAAUUUGACAAUGAAUACCAGGCAUCUUUAUUUCCCUCCGAUGGAUUUGAAGACAAUCCGUUCGAGCAAAGCAACAAGAAACGCAGAGUGGAGACAGCUGGAGGAGGUAGCGACGUUGUCCCCUACUGGAAGCCGAAAGCGCAGCCUGAGAGACCGCUGUCAAUUGUGGACGAGUCCUGGGAAAUGCUGGACCCAAAUCCUGAUGUUAGAUCCAUGUUCCUGGAGUUUAAUGACAUGUUCUUCUGGGGAAAGCUCAGUGGGGUGGAGGUGAAGUGGAGCCCAAGAAUGACACUGUGUGCAGGGGUGUGUUCCUAUGAGGGGCGAGGUGGGCUGUGCUCCAUCAGACUGAGUGAGCCUUUGUUAAAGUUGAGACCUAGGAAAGAUUUGGUGGAGACACUGCUCCAUGAGAUGAUCCAUGCGUUGCUGUUUGUGACUCAAAACAACAGAGACAGAGAUGGACAUGGACCUGAGUUUUGUAAACAUAUGAAUCGUAUCAAUCAGGCCAGUGGAACCAAGAUCUCGAUCUACCACACUUUCCAUGAUGAGGUCGAUGUGUAUCGGCAGCACUGGUGGCGUUGUGACGGUCCCUGUCAGAACCGUAAGCCUUACUUUGGUUAUGUGAAGAGGGCCAUGAACCGGGCUCCAUCGCACCUGGACCCCUGGUGGGAGGACCACAGGAGGACAUGUGGUGGUACCUACACGAAAGUGAAAGAGCCUGAAGGAUAUGGCAAAAAGAAGGGCAGUAAAAAGGAUAAGACUUCUGCAUCUGACAAACCAACUUCUAUCUCAGGGAAGGAAAAGACUGAAAACAGCAAGCCCUCAACUUCAGGUUCUCAGGACAUAAGAAACAUCAUCCCAUUCACUGGAAAAGGAUUUCUUCUUGGAGGAAAGUCACAGCAAUCUACAUCUUCCUCUGCGUCUGUCCAACCACCAGCAACUGUCUCCUCUCCUCUAAAAACACUUACUACAUCUCCUAUUCAAAUCUCCUCCCCUUCACCCAUUCGCUCAGGAUUGGAAACCAAAGCUACCUCAAGUGCCUUUCCUUCUGUCAGACCAAUUCACAAACCUCCAACAAAGCGGUCUGUGAGUAACACUAAGGUUUUUGUAAACAUCAAUGGCUCCCCUGUUAGAAUAUCCAAGCCACUUAGCAGCAAUACAGGCAAUGAUGGAGCAGAGAAGGUGCGACAAAGAUCAAUUGGAGAUCUUUUUAAUAAGUCAAAUUCUAAAAGUUCAACAUCUGUCCCAAAUUUGACCCCAUCCAAAUCAACACCAAGCAAAUCUAUUCAUUCGAAGUAUCCUCCGGUCAUUCCAACUAAUAAUAGCCCCGAGAAAGCAACACACUCCAAGUAUUUUAAUGAGGCUAACACUAAUAGGUCUUCAACGGGUGGUCAGGGGUCAAAGAAGAGGUCAUGGGAGGACAGCAGGAGCUCCGCCAGCAUUUUCGACUACUUCCAAAAGACUAUAGAAGGCAACUCAGUGGACUCGAUAAGUGCAAAUUCAUCCAAGCCAAAAAGUGCAACAGUUACAACUUCAGCCCCUCCUCAAACCUCUAUGGGACAAAAUACUGCUACCUCUUCGUCCUCCUCUUCGUCAGCAGUGAUGGUCAGCUGUCCCGUGUGUCUGGUAAAAGUUCAGGAGGCCAAGAUCAAUGAACAUUUAGAUUCUUGUCUCAGCUGAAAUCUAAACACAAAGUUUGUGAAGAGUUGCAAUAAAAAAGCAAGGUGUUCAGUUGUGUUUGCCUUAAAAUAAGUUUUUUUCUCAAAAAGUGUGUUUCCAAAAGGGUUUUUCAGCAAUGUUUUCCUUUAAAAGUGAUAUGAUUCCAUUCAGAUUACACUGAAAUUCGACAUUUUAUUCAAAAAGCAUAAAUAUAAUGAGCAAAAUAAUAUAUUCAAUGUCAAUACUACAAAACAUUUUCCAGUAUAGUUUUUUUUUAGAUGUGGGUCAGUUAAUUGUGCCUUGGACCACCAAAAUGGCAUUGUUUACAAAAAUAAGAGAUAUACUUGAAUUUUUCUGUUUGAAUUGAAUAUUUUAUGCAUAUACGUAUUGUUCAUAAUCUUACCCAUUGUUUUUAAAUGUUCAUUGUUUUAAUAAAAUGAAAAAUAUCUAUAGCACUUGAA